AUGAUCAUCCUCCGCGGCAAGACGCGGCGGUUCGUGAACGCCGACGCCAUCGUCGGCGCGAUCGAGCGCGCGGGGUUCGACGUGGUGCGCGCGGAGCCGACGAGCACGGCGGACAUGGACGCGGUCGCGCGGGAGGUGGACGCGUGUGACGUGCUCAUGGGGGCGCACGGCGCCGGGCUGACGAACAUGGUGUUCCUGCGCACGGGCGCCGUGGCGGUGCAGGCGAUCCCGUGGGGCAAGAUGGAGCCCCACAGCGAGGGGUUCUUCGGCGCGCCGGCGGCGCACAUGGGCAUCUGGCACGUCCCGUACAGCAUCGCCGCCGUGGAGAGCACGCUCUACGACAAGUACGGCAAGGACCACCCGGUGAUCACCGAUCCCGGUGUUUUCUACAAGAACGGGAGCAAUGCGAGGUAUUACUGGUGGGAGCAGAACAUCCGUCUCAACACCACCAGAUUCAUGCCGACGCUUGAGAGAGUCAAGCUGCUGCUGCGAGAGUGA